AGUGCAACCCCCCAGGUUUAAAACUCCGCGAUUUAUGCUUCAUGGUAUGUAUUUCAAAUAAGUAUUUGUCCCAAACUAGUUCAGGAAGUAAACCUCAAUAUUCUGAGUUGCGGCGGAGGAGGUUAACUGCGAACCCGCAACUCUUGACAGUGACAGUCCAUAUUAUGUGACGGUGUUGGGCAUUGUAAUUUAUCGCGAUCUUUUUCAGUUUCCUUGUUCUGUCCAUGUUGUAUUGUUGUUAACGUUGCGAGGGAGACUCGAGGCCGAACACUGGCCUUCCUGGUUUGUGCCAGGUCUUACAGAGGUAGAAAUACCAGACGAAUGGGAGAUUCUAUCAGAGCUGCAUCAUGGUUUCCUUUUGGAAGAGCUUUUCCACUUCACGCGAGCUGGUCUCCGUAAAUAUUAGGAGCGUCUUGGAAGCUAUCCUUGAGCUCUGCACUGCCAACUUAAACCUGCUAACCCAGCAGGAGCGAUCGUCUUUUAUGGAUGAAUACUCCAGUCUUGCAGAUGCUCGGCUUCGGCUUAACAAGGGCACACCUAUCAGCACGUUGACUGCGACACUCGACGAGUGCGAGAAGUUGAAGUUGAAGAUAGAGAGGGCAUGCUCGAAACACCGGGAAGAUGAAAUCAGAAGAGGGCCAGUAUCUCCAGCUAUAGCUACCCACGAAUCUAGCAGAUCAUCUACUGUACUGAUCGAUCCCGAUCUAUCUUAUAGGACCCCAUCAUCUGAACCUUCCAUUUCAGUUCAGUCCAAUGUCGCCACGACAGGCGGGAAUAGCUCGUACCCUAGCCUUUCCAGCCUUCCGACAGGUACAAGCACUAGUACUCUUGUAGCCUCUACCGGUACUCGUGUAAUCAAUGAAACGACCUCCAGCACUUCCACAGUACCCACAGAGACAGGUCCAUGCGCACCGCCUACCGACGUAGACUGCAUGAUAUUUGGCCCAGAGUCGUCUGUUGUGUCACCCACAUUUAACAUUGACUCCCAGGAUGCAACUGGAGCGACACAUUCAGUCCCUGCUGACGGUUCAUCUCUCGGGCUCUCAGCACAGAGACUGCCAUCCACCGGCGCUUACCAGCCGCAGACAGUUCAGACCAUGACGCGCGAGCGUGUCAUGUAUUUCGCCCCUGGCACGACAGUGGGUAGCCCAACCUUCAACAUCCGGUCUCCGCGUGGUUCUGGCACCAUCGAACAAGUUGUUUCUCAACGGUCAGAAAUGUUGACCGAAUCAUUCAGGUGAACAAGUCGUUUAUAAUGCUCACAGGCCUUGCGCUUGAUAAUAUGAGCAUGGUGAGUAUUAUACCAAUAUAUUUAGUUGCUGUGGAUACGUUAACAACCCGUGUUGUGUGGUAUAUCUCCUGUAGUCGGACUAUAAUAGAAUGAGGAGUAAGUUGUUCUUUGUAAUCAGCAACUUGUAGGUCUACAUUGCAUGAAUAGUACAUAUUGUGGCAUCCGAGGAA